AUGGACUCGGUCGAGGUGAACAAUACUAUCCGAGAGACUAACACCAAGAAGGUCUUUGAUGUAUCUUGGCAUGGGCAGCCCGCAGUUGCCAAGUAUUUCCUGAACGAAAAGGUGACAUACGAGAAGAUUCACGAAAACAGCCCCAACGGCUAUCCCUUCUUUACUUCCCCAUACGCAGCAGGUAAGGUCUACUGUUCAUCCAAAUGUCCAGAUGGCUACAUCCUAGUCAUCACCAAAGUCAAAGGCACCUCAUUGGGACCGAGAUGGACCGAGACAUCUUUGAAAAACAAAGGGUUCAUAUACAACCAGGUUCAGUCCGCGAUAAAGGUUCUCAGAGCCAUAGGGAUUGCUUGGGCAGACCCUAGUACCCACAACAUCCUUUUUCAUGAAGACGAACAUAAGCCUUCUGUAUCAGUGAUAGACUUCGAGCUCAUCCAAUUAUGUGACGAAGAUGUGCCGAUCCAACCAGAGAUGAUAAUCAUUUUCGACCAGGACGCUGUACAGCACAGUGAAUCUAGUCGAUACUCAGGUGGCUAA